UCCAAAAAACAGAUUUCAAUCACAUGAUCAGAAUGACUGCAAUUUGAAUAUAAAAACAGCCUACACCUUGUACGAUUUCUCAUUACUUCUUCAUCGACUUCUAGUUCGAACCGACUUGAAAAAAUAUCGUGUAGUAGAAUUUCUUCUCUAAUUCGAGAAUAUAAUCCAAAAUGAAAGCUUUUUGCGCGUUAUUAUUGCUCGUGGCUUAUGUCAGCGCUAGUCAUCACGAAUGCGAUCCUUUAGCAGCUGACACCAUGAAGAAACCUGGCGCUGAUCCAGCGAAGGGUGACCAGCACAUUCCGUUGGACGUUAUCCUAAGCGUAUCAAGGGCUCGCUAUACUGUUUCUCAAGCAACUUUAAGUACACUGGCAAACGCCAACAGCUAUUGUAACGCUGCUACCCACGGAAAGGAAUGUGAUGCAACAGAAUAUUUCCGAGCAUUAGUAGACGGACCUGAACCAAAUAGUGAAAAAGGAGCGGAUAAACUCAGAUUCUAUACAGUUUUCGUUGGAGUCAACAAAGUAAAAGAUGAAGCAGUCGAAUACCAUAUGUCAAUGAAAGGAAUCAACGAAGAUGAUUAUAUUAUGCAAGCUACAAACAUACCAAUCAAAGCUGUUCGAGUUCAAAAAGAUGGUACAAGAAUCGAUAUCGCAGAGAAAGAUAUUUCACCAGAAAUUGUAAAAUCUUUGAGACAGCCAUACGCUUUGUUCCACGCCAAAAUAGGCAGUUUUGCUGUAUAUGUUACAUGCAAUGGCACAACUAUUUGGGUAUCGUGGUCUUUGGACGCCAUCAAGAAAGGAUUACACAAAAAUGACCCUGAACUGGCCACGGUGUUGGCAAAUCUGAAAAUACGUGCCGCUGAUAUGAGACAGAAACUCAAUAUACAAGGCCCAGAACCUGAAAUUCGUGAUAUUGUAACACCCGCAAUAGAGAAUGCACAUUUCACGCAACAGAUUCCUGUAGCUUGAACCCGCGCAUAAUCCCGAGCAUUUAUAGUCUUCCUUUUAUUUCUAAGUAUUAUUCAUUUAAGUCUAUUUUUACCGUCGGAUAUUUCGCGGUUUAUUAGAUUAGUUUAUGUUUUUAAUUGGGUUCCUUCUCUCAUUUUAUCUAUAUUAUUGUAAUCGGUGGUGGAGUUUUUAAUUAUAUUGUGUGAUGCAGCAUUCCAA